GGCCGGGCCUUGGUUGUGGGAGCCGCCCAGAGCUGCGGAGGGGAGGAGCGGGGAGGCCUUUCCAGUGCAGUCGGGUGACUGUGACUGAGCCUCGUCGAAGCUCCGCCGGCAAAAAGCAGCAUCAGCAUCAGCAUCAGCGCUUCCUUGGGAGAGAUGGCGAGGCAGAGGGAGCAGCCCCGCAGACGGGGCUCUUUCGGGGGCCUCAGCCUCGCCUUCGCCUUCGCCGCCGCCUCUUUCCUGGCGCUUCUUCCCGGCCCGGUCUUCUCAGACUCAUGUAUCUGGUAUGGUGAAUGUGGAACUGCUUCUGGAGAUAAACGAUACAAUUGUGAAUAUAAUGGCCCAGCAUUGCCAUUACCAAAGGAUGGCUAUGACUUGGUUCAGGAACUCUGCCCAGGACUUUUCUUUGAGAAUGUUAGCCUUUGCUGUGAUGUACAGCAGCUUCAUACUUUGAAAAACAACAUGGAACUCCCUCUGCAGUUUCUUUCCAGGUGCCCAUCAUGUUUUUAUAAUUUGAUGAACCUGUUCUGUGAACUAACCUGCAGUCCUCAUCAAUCAGAAUUUUUGAAUGUUACACAGACAAUACCAUAUGUUGAUCCAGUUACAGAAAAGAACAAAACCAGCAUCACAGAGCUGCAGUAUUACAUUGGAGAAACAUUUUCUAAUGCCAUGUAUAAUGCCUGUAAAGAUGUGGAGGCUCCAUCAAGCAAUGUUAAAGCACUGGGACUGCUGUGUGGAAAAGAUCCUAAAGAAUGCAAUGCAACUAACUGGAUUCAGUAUAUGUUCAGCAAGGAUAAUGGCCAGACUCCUUUCAACAUGAUUCCAAUAUUUUCAGAUGUUCCUGUCCAUGGGAUGAUUCCUAUGAACAAUGCUACCAAAGGCUGCAAUGAGUCUGUGGAUGAUGUCACAGGGCCCUGCAGUUGUCAGGACUGCUCUAUUGUCUGUGGCCCCAAACCACAACCCCCUCCACCUCCUGCUCCUUGGCUUUUGCUUGGCUUAGAUGCGAUGUAUGUCAUCAUGUGGAUCUCCUACACAGGAUUUCUACUUGUCUUUUUUGGAGCGGUUUUUGGAGUCUGGUGUUACAGGAAGAGACACUUUGUUUCUGAGUACACACCUAUUGACAGCAACAUUGCCUAUUCUGUUAACUCACGCCAGAAUACUGGAGAAGCUACCUGGUGUGAAAGACUUGGUGAAAAGUUUGAGAAUGGUUUAAGAGUCACAUUCACAUCAUGGGGAGCAUUCUGUGUUCGGAACCCAAGGCCUGUUAUUCUCUUCUCCCUGGUUGUUAUUGUUAUGUGCUGCUCAGGCCUCAUGUUUAUGAGAUUAACGACAAAUCCUAUAGACCUCUGGUCAUCCCCAAGCAGCCAGGCUCGCAAAGAAAAGGAAUAUUUUGAUGCUCACUUUGGACCUUUCUUCCGUGUUGAGCAACUUAUUAUUCAGGCCCCUCAUACCAAGCCAGAAAUUUACUCUCCAUACCCAUCAGGAGAUGAUGUUCCUUUUGGUCCUCCACUUACCAAAGAUAUUUUGCAUCAGGUGUUAGACUUGCAGAAUGCUGUUGAAAAUAUAAUUGCUUAUUACAAUAAUGACACCAUAAUGCUGAAGGACAUCUGCCUGGUUCCCCUUUCUCCCUACAAUAACAACUGUACUAUUUUGAGUGUUCUCAACUAUUUUCAGAACAGCCAUUCUGUCCUAGAUCAUAGUGUUGGUGAUGAAUUUUAUGUUUUCGCUGACUACCACUCUCACUUCUUAUAUUGUGUCCGAGCUCCAGCAUCUUUGAAUGACACAACUCUGCUUCACGAUCCAUGCUUAGGAACAUUUGGUGGUCCUAUUUUCCCAUGGCUAGUGAUGGGAGGAUAUGAUGAUGAGAAUUACAAUAAUGCUACAGCCCUUGUGAUCACAUUUCCUGUCCAAAAUUACUACAAUGACACAGAUAAGCUGAUGAAAGCUCUGGCUUGGGAGAAAGAGUUCAUCAAUUUUGUGAAAAACUACAGCAACCCAAAUUUAACAAUUUCCUUUACUGCUGAACGUAGUGUUGAAGAUGAAAUAAACCGAGAAAGCAACAGUGAUGCCAGUACUGUUGUAAUAAGCUAUAUAGUCAUGUUUGUGUACAUCUCCAUAGCUCUAGGACACAUAAAGAGCGCUGCCCGAUUCUUGGUGGAUUCAAAAAUUUCUUUGGGCAUUGCAGGAAUCCUCAUUGUACUAAGUUCAGUUGCAUGUUCUGUGGGUAUCUUCAGCUAUUUUGGAGUGCCCAUAACACUGAUUGUUAUUGAAGUUAUUCCGUUUUUGGUGCUGGCUGUUGGAGUGGACAAUAUUUUCAUUAUUGUUCAAACAUAUCAGCGAGAUGAACGUCUUCAAGGUGAAACUCUAGAUAAACAAAUUGGCCGUAUUCUUGGUGAUGUGGCUCCUAGCAUGUUCCUUUCGUCAUUUUCAGAAACAGUGGCUUUUUCCUUAGCUAUGCUGUUUUCUUUCCAGAGCUGUGGCAUUGCUGUUGAAUUCUGUAGCCAUGUGGUAAGAGCAUUCACAAUCAGUACAAAAGGAUCCCGAACAGAACGCGCACAAGAUGCACUGUCCCACAUGGGAAGCUCUGUUUUCAGUGGCAUUACACUCACAAAAUUUGGAGGAAUAGUGGUCCUUGCGUUCUCGAAAUCCCAAAUUUUCCAGAUCUUCUACUUCAGGAUGUACUUAGCUAUGGUACUACUUGGAGCAACCCAUGGAUUGAUAUUUCUACCUGUCCUGCUUAGCUACAUAGGACCCUCUGUAAAUAAAGCUAAAGUACGUGCAGCACAAGAAAGGAACAAAGGUACAGAAAGAGAAAAACUCCUGUUCUUCUAGCCAUUUUAAAGAAAGUAGUCAGUGGACUCUGAUUUCUGGGUGAAGCCCUUCAUGCCGAAUUGUAGCAUAUUUCUAUGACUACUGUCUCAGAAUGGGAAAAGUCUACUGGACUGAUGUGUACCUAAACACAAGAGGAUCAGUAGUUUUGGACUCAGGAAGUUCUACGUCCAACGAUAUAUUUGUCAGUAUUACUAAAAUUAGAAGUAUUAACAGAAUCAUAAAUUAUUACUAUUUAAUAAAUUGUAGUUUUCACUCUUGUUAAAAGCUUGCUGUUCCAUCCUGCAAACGACUUCCUGAGGAAAUGCAAAGUGACAUGUAUGAGAAUAGAGUGCUGCACCACUGAUACUAUUUUUUUAAAAAUGCAAUUCAAUGCAAUUUGUGGCUCUAUUUUUAAGAGAAAAGUAAGCCAUCAACUCAAAAUGUUGUAAUAUUUUUAAUAUCUGCCAAAGGAUCUGUAUAUAUAUAUACUUUAUUAUAAAAUAGGAUUUUUGUAGGUCAAAAGUAUCCGUACAUAAAUGCAAUAAAUUAAGUUUAUACAUUUUGUAUUGCAACUGCUUUACUACUUCAGAAAGUGGUAGGCUUCAUUAAUGAUUGGUCUCCAAAAACUUGUUUAAAAAAUAUGACAUGCUCUUCACAGUGUUCACCUACAAGACAAAAACAAAACAGUGCAAGAUACACUUUAACACAAUGUAGAACUAAGACCUCUCUUUUGAACUGCAUUUAUUUUUUAAAAAGAGUAGUUGUUUGCUGAGCUACGCAUUCAUCAAACAGCCACACUGGACUAAUAGCCCAGUUAGAGCAGAGUGCAGGAACUGUCCUAAAAUAAGGAUAUUUUUUUUAAAAUAAUAAAGUAAAAUAACAGGAUAAUGAACUGGAAGUAGCUUGAGGUACUACAUACUCAUGCAAUGUGAGGUUUUUUUAGUCUUAUAUAGGCAGAGUGGAUUUUAUGCAUAAUCAGAUAUUGAGAUGAGGAAGUCAGUGGGGACCUUCGUUUUCUUGAUCAUUACUUUUAGCUCUGAGAACUUUCUUGGCAAAGCUACAUAUGUUGACUUCUGUUCAGACUAGCCACUUCCCAUGAAUUGUGUCCUGCAUGAAACACAAGCACUACUGCAAUUAAAUUAAGGGUGGUAUUUUUCACUAUUGGUAGUCUAUCUAAGAAUUCUAAAGUUUCUGAGAUACUAGUAAGAUACUGGAAAUACAUGCACAAAUGAAUGUUUAGCCAUCUAAGGAAAAGAUAAGGGAAACAUAUUUAUAGGUAGCUAUAUAUUCUCCAAAUUGAGGGGCACUUUGAUCUUAGGCAACUGCACGUAAAGACUCCUUUCUUAGACCUGUCUGAUCCACUACUUAGUGAUAAGUAUUAUCUUGUUAUUUUAUCAUGGUCAAAGAGUGAUAGCAUCCCCCAGUCUAAAUACAAGAUGGGUUUUUUAAAGUAAGACACAAGGGCUACAGGGGUGGUAAGUGUAACCUUCUCACACACCCCUUUUUACUCAAGAACACCCCUUUAGGAGUGUGUGUGGGGUAAUUUUUGGCACAUCUCUUCCUUGGGGGGAGCAUUUUAGGCCCAAACAGAUUUUUUCCCCACUGGAUCAUGUGAUCUGGAAUUUGAAGUUACAGAGUUACCUCCUGUUGGGACAAAGUCUCUCCUAGGCAUCAAAUGGCUUAAAGAGGAGGAAAAAUGUGUGAAACAAGCUGCUUGGUACCCCAGUGGGAUACUGGGGACAAAUAAAUCGGAGCAUGUGGCUUUCUAAGGUUCCUAAGGGAUGAUGGAUCCCUCCCAGUCUGUGACAGUUGCCAACUCCUGGACUGCAGUUUACUUAAAGGCAACAUUAUUCCACCGCAUCUAAGUAUAGCAGGCCAUCUACAACUGAGUUAAUAGUAGCCACUAUAGUUAUGAAAAUGUGUAGUUCCAUCACAGAACAGUUGUAUUUCAGUCAAAAUUUAUAUGGUUUCUUUGAUAACAGUAAUAUUUUUCUUCCAGCUGUUGUUCAUAAACAGUCUUUAGUUUUUUAAGUUAAUUCUACAUGUGAACUGUUCCAGAUCUUUUAAUUACUGUUGUCAACCCACACAGGUUUUACCACAAUCAAAACUGUUCAAUAUACAGAAUGUAGAUACAGUGCCUUUAUUGAAGAAAUGACAUUUAAGAACAAAAAUACUGAAUUAUGGAUGUGUUUGUUUUCCUUUACUAUGUAUUUGAGGGAUUAUCUUUUCUGAACCCUUUCAAAAAUGUUAAAGCACUAACCUGCAAUGUCAGUGUUCUCUGAUCAUUGUUAAGUAGGGAGUUAAGCAAGCAUGGUUUAUAGGAGAACAUUUAAAGCAGGUUGUACAUGAAUACCUCAACGGUUUUGGUUAUGCUAAUAAACAUGUACUGAUAA